GCUGUAUAUGCCGAGCUCCCAAUGGUUAGCGAGGGAGUGAGUGGUCUUGGCGGGUCCCUCGGCGUACCUUCCAUUAGCGAGCGUUUCCUCCCACUUGACUUGAGCUGCACAUUCGCAACUCGAGCCUUUCGCCAAACAUACACUCGAAUCGCACCCUGCUACAUAUCCUCCUGUCGGCUUCGAGAACCCUGGACGACUCACUCAGAAUAAUACGCAAUUACACUACGACACUGACUGCCGAUGCAUGGGCACUCCACCAGCUGCACGUUCAUAGGACAAGAUUGACCCUCGCCAGACGGUAACUGUGGUAGCUUCACUUGCACCCUGCAGCC